AUGAAGGAGAUGCUGCCGCUGGAGACACUCACCGCUGGCCACAAGGUGGUCGACACUGGAGUCACUGCUCUUCUGCUUCUAAUGCUGCUACUGCUGCUCUUCACUGCCUGGAGCCGAACAAACCGGUCAUAUAUACCCGGUCCUUCCUUCUUGGCAGGACUCGGUCCUAUCCUCUCCUACAGCAGAUUCAUCUGGACUGGGAUAGGAACAGCGAGCAACUACUACAACAACAAAUAUGGCAGCAUUGUCCGGGUCUGGAUUAAUGGCGAGGAGACCCUCAUUUUGAGCAGGUCUUCAGCAGUGUAUCAUGUUCUGAGGAGCGCCCACUACACAGCCAGAUUCGGGAGCAAAAAAGGGCUGGAGUGUAUUGGGAUGGAAGGGAAGGGUAUCAUUUUCAACAGUGAUGUUCUGCUCUGGAGAAAAGUGAGGACAUAUUUUUCUAAAGCUCUGACAGGCCCCGGCCUCCAGAGGACAGUGGGAAUCUGUGAGAGCUCCACAGCCAAACACCUGGACUGCCUGCAGGAGAUGGUCGACCCCUCUAGACAUGUGGAUGUUCUCAAUCUGCUGAGAGCCAUAGUGGUGGACAUCGCCAACAGGCUUUUCCUCAGGGUGCCGCUCAACGAAAAGGACUUGCUGAUUAAAAUCCAAAACUACUUUGAGACCUGGCAAACAGUUUUGAUAAAGCCUGAGAUGUUCUUCAAGAUCGGAUGGCUGUACAACAAGCACAAAAGAGCAGCCCAAGAGCUGCAGGACGAGAUGGAGAGCCUUCUUGAAAUGAAAAGGAAGAUUAUAAAUGAGUCUGAGAAGUUGGACGAUGAUCUUGACUUUGCAACAGAGCUCAUCUUUGCUCAGAACGUCGGGGAGCUUUCAGCAGAUAACGUCAGGCAGUGCGUGCUGGAGAUGGUGAUUGCAGCACCUGACACACUUUCCAUCAGCCUCUUCUUCAUGCUGAUGCUGCUGAAACAAAACCCAGAUGUGGAGCUGAGGAUAUUGGAGGAGAUGGACACUGUCUUGAGUGAAAAAGGUGAAAACAUUAAUUAUCAGAGCUUGAAAGUGAUGGAGAGUUUCAUCAAUGAGUCUUUGAGGUUUCAUCCUGUGGUUGAUUUCACAAUGCGAAAAGCUCUGGAAGAUGACAACAUCGAAGGCACUAAAAUUACAAAAGGAACCAACAUCAUUCUCAACAUUGGUCUCAUGCAUAAGACUGAAUUCUUUCCAAAACCAAAAGAGUUUAGCCUGAUGAACUUUGACAAAACAGUGCCCAGUCGAUUCUUCCAGCCCUUCGGUUGCGGGCCUCGUUCCUGCGUGGGCAAACACAUCUCUAUGGUGAUGAUGAAGGCCAUCCUGGUCACUCUGUUGUCUCGCUACACUGUGUGUCCUCACCGAGGCUGCACCCUCAACAGCAUCAGGCAGACCAACAACCUGUCGCAGCAGCCUAUGGAGGAUGAGCACAGCCUGGCCAUGCGCUUCAUCCCUCGAACAACAUGA